GACAACGUACACACGUUGUUGCACGUUGUUUUCAGUCUUCAUUUUUGUUCAAGCCUUCGUUUGGUGAUUUAAAGAUUUUGUAAAUUUGUUUUUUUUUCUAAAUAGCCCGAUUUUGAUUCUGCUAAAAAAAUCCUCAUAUAAACAAAUUCGAAUAUAAAAAAAUUAAAUUCAACUUAAAAGCUAUGCUUCCAGAUAAUCCAAAGUUGAGAGAAAAAAUGACACUGCCAAAAGAAACAGGAUGCUUAAUCACACCAAUUAAUAUCAUAUCACCACAAAAAUGUCGCCUUAAAACAGCCGACAUUGCGGCAAAUAUGGCAUCUUCAAUAUCAUACACAUCAUCUACACGCACAACCUCGCUUAUAAAUUUUAAUUCAACGCAACUCGCGCUCGAAAACAUCAUGCCUGGAAUAUAUCUAACCAGAAACUUUUUCGCUUGGUCUGUUGAGAAACUGCACUCGCAUGGGUUUACCCACGUUAUAACAAUUGACAAACAUAUGCAGAAACUCCAAUAUACUUCGCCACAUCCAUCUUUAAGUAACCCCAAUGAAAGUAUUCAUCAUACCUACGACAUGGAAGAAGCUCAUCAGUUGUGUUUCGACGAAUUUGAAACGAUUGAUUUGAAUUUUGGUGAAAAGGCUUAUCUGACAACAGUAUUGCCAAAUUGUUACAAGUCGGUGAAAUUUAUUGAUCAAUCCUUAUCAAUCGGUGGCACAAUAUUGAUAAUUGACUUUAAUGGUGGCGAACAAAAAUGUUUGACAAUUACCACCGCCUAUUUAAUGUAUAAGAAUAACUUAAACUUAAGUGAUGCUUUUAAUAGACUCAAGGCAUUUUACAAAAAAGCUGAUCUUGAUCGAUUUUAUAUUAGUCAACUUUACGAGUAUGAACCAAUACUUCAGGUUCAACGCGCUCAAUCUAGAGGUCACAGUUGUUCGCGUGAACUUCAUUCGGCAAUACUAAAACGAAAAAAACUUCACGAUGACAACCACGAUUUGCUGCAUUCUAAUUCUUUUGCACAUUUUAGUAAUAAUGUCGAUGACAUCACAAUGGAAUAAUUUAUACUGAUGACUUGACUUGUGGAAGAAUACACAAACACCGAAAAGGCUAUUGAGUAAUUUUAACCAAAUGUACGAGUAUGUACAAUACUUACGAUUUAUUAUAACCAUUUGAUAUUCAAUUGAAACACUAUUUUAAUAUCGAUGGUAUUGUUUUAUUUUAUAGUAAGGCCCCUAGUUAUUUGUUUAGUAUUAAUUUCACUUUCUUAAAUUUUUAAUUAUACAAACAAGUAAAAUAAACACUAUUCCUAUGUUUCUUUGUUUUAAUUUUACAGUACCUACUCACAACAACUACUGUUUACUCAUUCUUUAAAUUCAUUUGUUAUGAAUUACCAAUUUUUAUUUGUUGAGCCAAACUAUCUAUAAAUAAAAUUAUUUUAAUUUUUAAUAUUAUCAAAUUGAAACGGAGUUUAAGGAGAUUAUCUAUCUAUAAUUUGCUUUCAAUUUAGUGACUGUUUUUUUAUUAU